AUGGAAGCUCGAAGUGAGAACGCGUCCAGCAUCGUCUCCGCGCAUGUUCGUGAUCUGAAAAUCAAGCGACGGACUUUUAAGAGCCAGAUCACGCAGUUCCGAAACUGGGUAGAAACAUACGCGGAUUCCACCAAAGAGCGCGUGAAAUUGCGGGAACGUAUCGGAAGGUUACGCAGUCAGUUUGAGACCUUCAACCGCAUCCAGGACGAACUAAGCUCGUUAAAUUGUACGGAUUUUGAAGAAGAGGAAGAAGAACGACAAAACACCACAGACCACUUCGACGACGUCAUGGCCACCGCGGUCGUUUUGUUCGAAAGCGUAGAGGCACGCGCGACACAGGCUUCACCCGCGAGCGGCAAUUCGCCAACCCCCUCUUCUUCCGCGUACGCGCUAUCGGUAAAUCUACCAAAAAUCGAUCUACCGAAAUUCGACGGUCGUAUCGAAACGUGGAUAACGUUCAAGGACGCGUUCCAUACCUUGAUCCAUACACAACCGGGAUUAAGUAAAAUCCAGAAACUCCAUUAUCUGCGACUAUCGUUGUCCGGAAGAGCUGAAGCCGCGAUCGGAGCUUUCAGCAUCACGGAAGACAACUACGAGGCCGCGUGGAAACAUCUCAUGGAGAUUUAUGACAAUAAACGUGCGCUCGUGUUACGUCACGCCACGCUCUUACGCGACACCCCCGCGAUGCCAGACGACUCAUCGGAGUCGAUACGCGAUUUGGCGAAUCACAUGCAACUUCACAUUCGCUCGUUGCAAGCCCUCGGUCGAUCGCCAAACGACAUUGCGAACGAUCUCAUUGCGAGCAUACUUAUCGCGAAGAUGGGGAUCGAGACGAGAAGAUCGUGGGAGCGCACUUUAUCGGGCACGGAGGUACCGAAAAUCGACGACCUGUUCAAAUUCCUGCACAACGCGUCGCACCAGAGCAAGGAGUACGGACUCGACAUCAAUCGCUCGCCCACAUACCGCGACUCCGUGAACAGACCGCGAGCGACCCCGACGCGCAAUCCCACCGGCUAUCCGCGAACGCAGCCACCGAUACAAAAACGUCAAGUUUAUUUGACCAACACCGCGCGAAACAGUCCGACGCCGCCGUUAUCUUCGAAUUCGCAACGACGGACGACGCCGCCGACAUCUCCUCGUUCGCAACGACGGUCAACCCCUCCAUCGUCUCCACGCGCCCAACGCCGAUCGACGCCGCCGCCGGGACCGAAACGAACGGGAUACGCUAACGCGAAAUGCCCCGUAUGCGAGGGAUCGCACGCGAUAUAUCAGUGUCCGCGGUUUUUGGAUACAACGGUACCGCGUCGCGUUGAAGCCGCUCGCAAGGCACAUUUGUGCCUUAAUUGUUUGCAACCGGACCACCACACGGAAGAUUGCAAGGCCGGAAGAUGCCGUGUGUGUAACCACCGGCACAACACGAAGCUGCACCAGGAUCAGCAUCCGGAGAACGAAUCAUGA